AUGAUGCCAUUUGUGUUAUCAGAAAUUUAAAUAAAGAUAUCAAAAUAGUUUAUGGUAGAGGAUAUGCUGAAUUAGCUUGUGCUCUCUAAGUUUUAUAUAAAAUCCUUAUAUUUACCCCUUCAAUACUACAUCCAAUUUAUAUUAUAUAAAUAAGAAAAAGAUAAAUUAUUUUAAUUUUAUUAAUUUGAUAUUCAGCUUUAAUAAAGUAAUGUUAUAAACAUCUUAGAUAUUUUCAGUCUAAAAGUAUGUAGUUAGAUCAUCUGCUGAUGCUUUAGAAGGAAUUCCAAAAUUGUUUAGGUGAUAAUUGUGGUUUUUAUACAAUCACUAGUGUACCAUUAACCAAUUUUAAGUAAUUGGUAGAAAAAAAUCCUAGAAUUGGAAUUAAUAUUUCUACUAAUUUAAUUAAAAGGGAACAAAUGACAUGAAGGAGCAAAGAAUAUGGAAAACGUUGAGUUCAAAAAAACAAUAAUUUUAGUUGGUCACUCAAAUUGUUAAAAUGAUAUUAAAAUUAGAUGAUGUAAUAUUUUGUGAUGACUAUUGA